AUGGUUGCAAAGAACGCUUUUUCAUGCGAAGUUGCGGAAUUCCAAAAGAAGGAAAAAUCAAACGUCCACAAGUACAGUGGAAAGGCCCUUGCAUUAACCCUCCUGUUAGUGCUCAUAGGAUGCAGCGCCAACGUGGUACGUGUAUUCUCCCCUGAUUUUAAGAACAUAUCAAAGCAUUCUUCCAAAUUAUACGAUUUAUUAUUUAUUAAAUGGCCUACCUUUGAGAAUGCAAAAAACUGCGGAAAUGGUGUAGAAAAAAAAUUCAGUGGAAAAAACAUGAGAAUUUUAUUUGUAAACACGGAAAU